AUGGGUCCUAGGGCCAUUACUCUGCCAGAAACUAUGCAGGCUGCUGCACAAUGUACUCCUAAACUCGCUGCUACUCGUGGAGCACCGUUAUCAUCGCUAUUGGAGCCGUCUCAUGUCUCUGGGAGUAAUCGGUCACAGCCCGCUGGGGGCAAUCGCACUGCCAUUGAGGCUCGGCGUUGGGUUGUCGACGAGGCUGGCACUGUCGGCAAUUCACAACGGGCGGAACAGCUGGUGCUUUUAAUAAGAGCGUUACAUCUGCUAAGUUCUGGACUCAACUUGGCUACAAAGCAGUUGAAAGACGGUCAGUUACAACCGUCUGCUACUGUUAAAAACGUUUUAUCUGUGAUGAACAAUAAGUAUAAAUCUACACUAGCUGAGUCUAAAAGGCUGAAUAACAGUGGUUUAUUACAAAAAGCUUCAACAACCAACAUUACAGCUGAUAAGAUUCUCUACAAUCAUGCUAUUGAAAUGUGUCAGUCAGCCGCUUUAGAUGAACUUUUUGGAAACCCAGAAGAGUGCUUCCAGCGUUAUCAAACAGCUCAAAUUUUACUGCAUAGUCUCUCACAACAUGUUAGUCAUCAGCAAGACCGAAUUCUGUUGACAAAAUAUAAAGAUGCGGUUGAAAAACGUUUAUACAUUCUACAACAAAAAGGGUACAUUUAUGCAACUGAAGAUCUCACAUAAAUAUUUAAGUUGUAAAAAUAAGG